AGACUACUAGUAACACCAGUUCGUCCGUCGGUGGGUCAGUAGCUAAAAUUAUUGUUGUACCUAGGCUUGCUAGCAUCGGUCCUGUACUUGGGGUGUGUGGCAGUCUUGGCCUUGUAAAGUGUUGGGAGUCCAUACUGAGAUAUAAUAAGCACAUUUGUGUUAUGGAACUGGAUAAAAUGGACGAGAACGACUGGAAAUACCAUGGGGAGGGAAACAAAAGCCUUGUAGUUUGUCAUGUUCAGCAUUCAAGAGUUCUUCGUCUACUUAAGUAUUCAGCUGAGGACUCAGAAAACCCACAACAGACAACGGAGCAGGCCUUCAGGCAAAUUCAAAACAUUCUUGAAUACAGUAAAAAUGUAAUGAGUCCGUUGCUUGGAGAAAAGUUUGUCCAUAAAGGGGAAGUUGUCAAACUACCACUAGACUUUGUGAGACGACUGUCUUUAAAGGUUCAACAAGAGAGGCCAGAAUCGCGCUGUGACAAAAUGAUGGACACCUGGAGUGGAUGUGCUUUGUGCCUACCUAACCUCACCCAGUCCUCCUCCCGCUGCUGCAGUGAACACAGACCCUCCCUCUGCAUAGAGAUCAAGCCAAAAUGUGGAUUUCUACCCUACUCUAGGCAUGUAACAAAAGACGUUAAAAGCAAGGUGUGCAGAUUCUGUAUGCAUCAACAUUUUAAGCUGGCCAAUGGAAAGUGGAAACGACAGAGUCGCUACUGCCCGCUGGAUUUGUUCUCAGGGAACAAGCAGAGAAUGUAUGUUGCCUUGAAACACUUGAUCGAAGAACCCCAGAAUAACUUCAAGAUCUUCAAGGGAGGGGAGUUGAUCUACAGCUGCAAGGACGACGCCGACGUGUGCGAGGACCUCAACGAGCUGGUCCAGCACCUGCGGCCCUACUUCCUCCACGGCGGGGGCGGCCUGAUCAACGGCCACCAGUCCAACAAGACCGUCCUGAACGAGCUCAUCCAAGUGAUCGUCAGCGCCCUCCUCAGCAGCUGGGAGACGGGGCGCUCCGGGGAGUCCCGGAAGCUGCACCUGCCCGAGGGCAGGGCCAUGUGUGAGGCCAGCCUGCUGCACAGGGAGCUGCUUCGCAACGGUAACCACUGCUUACCCAAAGACUGUAUCCUGGCCAAAAUCCUUCAGACGCAAAUGCUGGACAGCUUAGACAUUGAGGGCCUCCAUCCCUUAUUCAAAAGGGUGGAGCAGCACCUGCAGGAGUUCCCCAAAGAAAGAAGCAGACUACAGAUUGACGGGCCCUACAAUGAGAGUUUCUUGGAGAAAGUGCAGAGUUGUCCGUCAGAGGACGAUGGUUCCAUAGAAUAUGCAGUCAGCAAGGUUCACCAGUACAGAGUUGCCAUGACAGCCAAGGACUGCUCCAUCAUGAUCACCCUGGCACCAUGCAGCGAGGAUAAUGAUGGGUUGGAGCAGGACUUGGAGAUUCACCCUACAAAGCCUCGUUUUACAUACUUGGUGUCCAUCCUGGAUCUGGAUCCCAAGCCCUAUGAGAAUAUACCCCAUCAGUACAAGCUUGACUCCAAAAUAGUCAACUACUACCUGAGGAGCACCCAAGCCAAACAAGACCUGCCAGCCCAGAGCCUCUACCUUGGCCUGGACAGAGAGGACUGCUGUACACUGGUGUUCCACCCUGUAUGAACCACUCCAGGGGGGGGGGGGGGGGUUAGCCUCUAGUCCAUCUCAGCUCCUUCUCCUCAGGAAGUGAACAAACUAAGAUCUCACUCCUAGCAUUAAUCCGAAAUGAACAACGUAUCCAUUUAAGAUAUUGCAAUUCCCGUUUACUUCCUGAGCUGAUGGAUUGAAAAAAGAAUUUAACAUGCCUGACCACUCCCUUUGCCUUCUGUGAGAACGCUGCUAUUCAUUCGAGCAUAGAGGUCAACAAAUGCAAAGAGUCAACUGAAACAUAUCCUUCUCUAUUCUUUUGUCUUUUUACUCUUAAAAUGAUAUACGCCAUAUUUUAUUUACUAAACUGAAUGUAGGUGGGUAUGCGGUCAUAGUGGGUUGUUGAGGUGUAAUUCUUUUGUGGCACAUAUUGAGGUCCCGUCUCAAAUCAUCCUCUCUCGCCCACGCGGCUUGAUCCCCCCCCUUAUUCAUGUACAGUAGGAAGUCACGAGGGGAUUUUGUAGAUCUGGGCAUUAUGGUCACGUCUCCCAACUUGUUUGCGACGACGACCAUCGUGUUGACGCUCGUCAAACACACUCAGUCUCUACCAGGACGCAGACGAUGGGAGAUGUUGCUUCGGGACCGGGCGUUCUUUCUCCUCCCUGGGUCUCCUGACGCACAUUCUGCCUCCGUGUGUAAGGCAGAGGAAGGGAGACCAGGGGGCCGAAUGGUGUGGGUGUAGAGGAGCGCUGCUCUGCCAGCCAGUCGUGCCGCCAAUGAGGUGUAUUCAAUGUGCCAAAAGGUGGCUCGUGGAGUGCUUCUAGUACCUUCUUCUGCACGUCGAGUGGUGUGGUGCUAUACGUGAGGGGCUGUAAGGGCAUAACUGAACAGCCAUCUUGACGAAAUGUUUGUUCUGACUUGCAUACAUGAGCGGGUAUUUGAGGUUAAGUAACCCCAUGUCCUGUUUCAGUCCAUGGGGUUAUCUCUGUAGGAAGGCCUCAUGCGGUCAGAAGAUGGUAACAUACCUCUGAAGGAAGGCCUCAUGCGGUCAGAGGACAGUAACAUACCUCUGUAGGAAGGCCUCAUGCGGUCAGAGGACAGUAACAUACCUCUGUAGGAAGGCCUCAUGCGGUCAGAGGACAGUAACAUGCCUCAUGCGGUCAGAGGACAGUAACAUACCUCUGUAGUAAGGCCUCAUGCGGUCAGAAGAUGGUAACAUACCUCUGUAGGAAGGCCUCAUGCGGUCAGAGGACAGUAACAUACCUCUGUAGGAAGUUCUCAUGCAGUCAGGACAGUAACAUCAAGUUUCAGUACAUGGGUUUACCUCUGUAGUAAGGCCUCAUGCGGUCAGAGGACAGUAACAUGCCUCAGGCGGUCAGAGGACAGUAACAUCGUUUCAGUACGUGGGUUUACCUCUGUAGUAAGGCCUCAUGCGGUCAGAGGACAGUAACAUCAUGUGCCAUACCAUAUGGUCUGCUAAGUAAGUAGUGAAGCUGACAGAUCAAACCACUUAUCCUAACACUCAAAUAUCACAAGCACUGUGAUACCUAAGAAGCAUAAUACAUGUGUACAUAAAGAAUAUUUGAAAAUACAAAUUGGACAUUGCCGUCUAGCCUUUCAUAUUUAAAUUAUUUAUUUUUGUAGAACUUGACUAAUGACAUUGUAUGUAAACAUGAUAUAAACAUCUAUAAAUGUGAUUAUAGAAUAUGUACAAAUGGCAUUGACAUUUUUAAAUGGGUGAUUGUAAAGAGCUUUAUACUUAAUAAAAUAAUUACAAACGUAAA